CCCGGCACCGGCGCGUCCCCGCCGGCCCUCUCCCGCCGACCUCUGCGGUCGGCCCCGUCGCGUCGCCCCGGCUCCUCUCUCUCGGCGGACGCCCGGGCCCGGCCAUGGCGGACUUUGACGAGAUCUACGAGGAGGAGGAGGACGAGGAGCGGGCGCUGGAGGAGCAGCUCCUCAAGUACUCCCCCGACCCGGUGGUGGUGCGCGGCUCCGGCCAUGUCACCGUGUUUGGACUAAGCAACAAAUUUGAAGCAGAAUUUCCUUCAUCUUUAACUGGAAAGGUUGCACCUGAAGAAUUUAAAGCCAGCAUCAGUAGAGUUAACAGUUGUCUUAAGAAGAACCUUCCAGUUAAUGUACGAUGGCUACUAUGUGGAUGCCUUUGCUGCUGCUGCACUUUAGGUUGUAGUAUGUGGCCAGUUAUCUGCCUCAGUAAAAGAACACGAAGAUCGAUUGAGAAGUUAUUAGAAUGGGAAAACAAUAGGUUAUACCACAAGCUGUGCUUGCAUUGGAGACUAAGCAAAAGGAAAUGUGAAACGAAUAACAUGAUGGAAUAUGUCAUCCUUAUAGAAUUUUUACCAAAGACACCGAUUUUUCGACCAGAUUAGCAUUUGAUUUAUUUAUAGAGACUUAUUCAAGUAUGUUGUCUUUCCAAUGGUGCCUUGCUUGGUGCUCUCCUGGUGGUGACAUAGCAUUGGUUCUACAGAAUCUUGUGGUGUUUUCGUUCUUUUUUGGGUUUUUUUUUGUUUGUUUGUUUUGUUGUUUGUGUUUUGGUUCUUUUUUUUUAAAUAAGAGCAUGUUCUAAGUGCAUUUGGUCAAACUGCAAAGUAAUUUCAUGCAAAUGUUAACUACUACUUAAGUUAUUACUUUUACUACUUCUGUUUGUUAAUGUAUCUUGAUUUUCAAAGAGUCUUUUAUAUGUGCGCGCGUGCGUGUGUGUACAUAUAUAUAUUACUAUAAAUACACAGCUGAAAAUGGUAUACAAGUGAGCAGGUAUUUUUUUAUCCCCAAAUGACACAACUAGUUGACUGUACAUUGUCUAAGUUCUUUUAAUCAUUCAUUUACAUGCUGAAGUACCUUCUGAGAUCUUCCUAAACUUUUGUCAGUGACUAGUCAAUUGUAAAUAUUUUUAUUUCUUUUUGGGAUAUUGGCUAGCCUCUUCCAACAAAAGAAGGAGAUAAAGUUCUUUCUGAAACUGUGCUUUUUCAAACCCAAAUGUCAUUGCAUUAGUAGAAAUCUCUGUGCUUUUCAUGAAGAAGUCCUGUCAGCUGGUUCUGAAAAAGUUCUUAUUUAAAGGUUAAAAAAAAAAAGCAGCACAAUAGAAUAAUUAUUUUACUCAGACUAGAAGAAUCACUGAGAGAAUUGUAUGCAUCUGGUUAGUAGAACUCAACAUCACAAAAAAAAAAAAAGUAUGGCAGUUUAUAAUGUAGCUGUUUUACUUCAGGCUAAUGCCAUGUAUCAGCUUUAUUCCUACUGUUUACCAGAUCCUGUACACAGGGGUGCAGAAGGACUUGUUUUACUAAAACUUACUGUCCAAGAGGACCUUUCAGGGUGGUUGGUUUUUUGUUUUGUUUUAAAGCCACAUAAGCAGAAAAAAGUUAUUGAAGAAACCUUGAACAGUACAGAUGCAGAUGCUGUGUAUUAAAAAUAAUCAAAGCAGGGUACACUGGGCAACAGUGUAAGUUUAAAUGUGUUAGAUAAUUAUUUAUUGCACCCUUGCUUCUGCUCAUUUUGGUUUACAAAGCUUAUUUUCUGCACAAGUGUAAGACUUUUUUAACUGGAUAUAUGAUGUAUGCUUGGGUCAGGCCAGUUGUAUUUUGUUUCUUCUACUUAUAUCUUAGUUGUACAUAUCUUCACACAUAGGUUUUUUUAAUUGCAACUCAAUCAUAUUUUUAAAUUUGCUUUAGGUAUCUAAAAUUACUGUACAUGAACAUUAAUGUAAGUUAAGAAUAUGUUCCUUGUACAGUUGUGGUAGCAAGCAAUAAUGUGAAUAUAUGAAAAAACAGGUAUACUCUGCUUAAUAUUUGUAUGAAUGAAAAGUUAAUACCACUACAAGAAUAAUCUUCUCUUUUUAAUCUUUUAAAUACAAGUUUUAUUUCAAGGUAAUACAUUACAGGUACCUUGAUGCUGUGAACUAUUUUUCUAUGUCUUCAAAAUAUUUAUUCUCUGUAAAAUAUUCUCUAGUGAGUAUUAUAUUCCUAAAUUGUUGAUAGUGGGAGUGGUCUAGAAAGUUUUAAGUUUUCUUAAAUCUAAGCCUUCUGUAUCUGUUCCCAAAACUCAUCCUUUGCUCAGCUUUUGUCUGUGGAUUCCUGCUGUUUACUUUGAAAAUAGCUCAGCUAUGCUUUUCAUACAAGCCUACAAAUGUGUUUCUCUGACUGAUGGAAUAUGAUUUUUAAUUAACAAGUACCAGUUUUGUGCUGCCUCAGUCUUCUGGGUCCCACAACUGUUUCUCUCUGAAGUAACUGGUUAUAAUUUUUUUAAAAUCAAUUUCAGCUUCUUUAGUGCAAAUCUGGGUCUGCAGCAGUCCUCCUCUCACCCAGAAGUAUUAGUUAUAAUCUCGGACCAGUUUCAGCCUGAGAGGGAGGCCAGAAGCCUAACAUUGAUGGCAGCUGAGGUUGUGGAGGUUGGAGGUGCAGGGGAGAGGCUGGAAUUGAACAGAAAUGAUAACUGGUGAUAAAUACUGAUGACCGGAAAUAUAUGUUGAUUUCUUCAAGUGUCAGUUUUCAAUAAAAUGAAUACUGAAUCAUACAAGGCCUAGAUUUUAUUAUCAAAAUUCUCAGUUGACUGUAUAGAUAGGUUUGUGUCAUGGAUGCAGUUUUCCACUGGUAGUUCAUUAGUGUGGAGGGGUAGGUUGGAUACGGCUUGUGAUAGGUUCAUAGCAGCACUCUAUUCAGUGUGAGCUAUUUGCCUUAGUUUACUACCCAAACUUCCCAUACCAUGUUCUGUGACACCACAACUACCUUGCCAGCAGCACCCAAACCUACCUACAGUAAAGCUAAUUUGAGCGCGAUGUGUGCUGAAACCAGAGCAGCGAAUAGAGUGUGGCUUACAUGUUUACAAAGAGUAUCUUGUUAGUAAAGCUUCCGCAUAAGCGGUAGUGCUGGUUAAGAUCUUGUCUACUUUUAGGUGCAUCUGCAGUCAUCUGCUUGGUUAGCAGGCAUUUCUGUAUUUUAACUAUGACUUUCUUUCUAAGAAUUAUAGUAUAGGGGUCCAAAGUAGAGCUCUGAGCAAAUAAAAAGUCAAAUCCCUUAGUAAGGAGGCCAGACUAAUUGCCUCUUAAAGUAUUUCUGAUAUUUCAUUAAAACAAUGUCUCUGACUUAAAAUACAACCGGAAAACUUGAGAAACUGCAUAUAUAUAUAUAUAUAUAUAAGUUUAGCUCAAAAGUGUUACUGUCCUGAUGAGGUAGUACACUCGCCUAGUAAGAAUGUUGUAAAACAUUUUCAUACAAUCCCUUUCGAUUCAUUAAUUACAAUGAUAGAAAUUGAACAUGGCAGGAACUUUAAUCAACUGUUUAAUGCCUGCAGCAGUCAUCAGGAUUUUCCUUUGAUGUUGUUUCUAAAAUACUAAAUCUAUUUAUUUUGUGUGCUAGUGAGAAGACAUAUAUUACCUUUUUUGUCCAGUUGGCAAAGAAUGACGUUGCAACAGUUGGAGCAGGCCAGAAGCUAUAGUAGGACUUCCAGGAUAUAGCCUACUCUUUGCUAGAAUAAAUAUUACAUUGUACUAACUUGUUCAGCUUCUUGCAACUCAGCAAUUCCUACAAAUAAUCUUAUCUAUUUCCAAUUUCCUUGAAUAGUAAGAGUUAGGUACCCACUUGAUAUUCAUCAUUUAACAAGUGAUGCUAAUUAUGUCUGUUUCACUUUUAGCCUGAAAGACUAAUGGUAAAGGCAUCAGUGACUCCCUGUGCAAGCUAAUUAUUAUUUUUAGACAUAGUGGCCUUUAACUGGGCAAUAAAGAUUUCUUUCUUACUGUAAUAUAAUAGAAAUAAUUUUUUUUUUAAUCUUUUAGUGAUAGGUAGAAAUAAGUCCUGAGGGAGAAAGGCUUUCUGUCUGACCCUACAUGAAGAAUUCUGUAGAGCUCAUCUGCUGUUAAAUAGCUAUGAUUUGAAGUUUAUACUGGGAUUGGCAAACUUCACCAGAAAUUGAAAUGUUUAUGGAGAUAGGUUACACGAAGUCAGUGAAUUUUUUGUAAUAGCUCAGUAAGAGUCACUUUAAUAAACUAUGUAAGCAAAUCCAAAAUUUCCCACAAUACUCAAACUCGAGUAGAUUGUAAAAACUUAUUAUAAUUUACAUCUAAGUACUGUAAACUCUAAAUCAAUUUGUUAAAUGAUACUUUUAAAUGAUGUAAAUCUCAAGACCAUGGUGUUUAAAUGUAAUAUUCUAUCUCUGAGAUACAUGCUUACUUUAAAGUCAGUUUUCAUUUUUUUUCUAAAAGUCAUUAUUUAGCCCUGAAGAUUGUAGGGAAGAGCUUUAAAAUGCAAUCUGUAACUGCUCAGAAGCCAGAAGGCAAAGAAAAAGAACUUGUCUUUAUUCCCUUCCCUCCACCCCCGACCCCAAAGUCUUAAUUUUAAAUCGGUCCGCUUGUUUUGGGAGCCCUAGCUUAUGGUUUUUGAGCAGCUGGCAAUAAUGCAAAUCGUCCACCAAAAAACCCCAUUUGAAUUCUGAACAAUUUAAAGAGAUCACUUUAAUUGAAGAGCAAAAGACUUGUUAAGCAAAGAAAAUCCCUAGUUCUUUUAAGUCCUCCCAGCACUGCUGUUGAGUAAUUAAGAGAAGGAUCAUGAUGACCCUACAUUAGGUCAAAAUCCAGAUGAUUUUAUGUAAAGGAAAUGCUCAAUUAGAGAGGUCUGAGAGCCCCAAAUGUCUUGGAUUCAUAGUAGCGACUUAUUAAGGGUAAGUGGCGCUGGCUAGUUUUGUAUCCGUGACUAAAAUCAUUUAUGUUGCUCUUCAGCAACCUUGCUUAUGAAAAGAAAGCAUUUUAGAAAUAAGAUCUGUGUUCAUCACCGCUAAUUUGCUGUAAUUUCUGUGCUUCUUCUCCCUAAAGCCACAUUGCAUUUCCAUCACAAACAGCUAAGUGUAUGAUCGUUAUAAUGCCUUUAAUAGCCAUAUUGCAGGUAGAAAUAUUAACUUCUCAGGGACUAAUAGGAAAUAUGAAAAUGGAGUUAAUGAGCUGAAUGCCUAUCUGCAUGAAGGCUUACUUUGCAAGCGGCACCCAAGAAAACUUCUGAUUGUAAUAUGCAUGACCAUUAUGAAUGUUAUCAAUAUACAGCUAUGAGAGCUCCCUUUAUCCUGUAUUAUUAGGCUGCUCAAUGUCAAAGUAUGUUGGAUAAGGAUGAAUGAAGGUUUUUUGCUGGUUUGGAUAGAGUGAUUAUUUCUAAUGGUGCUACCUUCUUAAUUCCUCUGUUUGUUCUUUGUAAAGUUCUCUCUGUAGGCUGGGUGAAUCAGGGGAUACUGGUGUAAUGAGAAAACAGUAUCAUUCUUAAGGAAGUAGAAAAAUUGCAAGGGGAGAAGUACUCUGGAAGCAAAAAAUUUCACCGCUGAAAACAUCAUGCAUUUAUUCUUCAUUAGUUACAGAUAUCCAUUUGGGUUGUUUUGUUGGUAACAGUAUUCUGCAGUUCAUUAAUUUUUGAACUUCCUCUUUUUGCACACCGAUAUUUCAGUCAGCGUGGGCUGAAUUAGAGACUAUUUUUGAAAAUUUUAAAAACAGGAAUCCUUGAAUGAAACUUCAUAUGUUGACACUUGUUGUGCUGGUGCGUGUAUCUCCACCACAUGACACCUGGGAAAUACAUCUUUUAUAAACUACGUUUUAUUGUUUUCAUGGAAGAUGUCCUUUUAAAAAAUUCUUCUGCUUCGUUUAGCUCAUUAAUAUUUCAUUAAGAUUUAUUUUCUUGAAAAAACAUUCAUAAAUGCUUGACUCCUCAGAAUACAACAGACCAUUAGGAAAGAUUUAGUGAGGCAAAAGAUGAAACAUAGGAAUUAGGAGAAGCAACACCUAAACAAUUGCAUUUGGGGAUUAGGUUUGGAAUUCUCUGAGUGUGAUGGAAAACAGUUUUGAACUGAAUGAAAUGGUGCUGAAUAAUGAAAGUUAAUUAAAAGCUAGCAAUCCAUUAUUUCAACAAUUAUGUAGACUGUCUUAAUUUCUAUUACAUUUUUUUAUUUUAACAAGUGUGUUAUUAAUUUAUUUUGGUUAUGCCCUAAUUGGUAGACAAUUCUGCUAUUAUGCAGAUUUUGAGGUAAGCUUCCUUCUAAACUCAGCAUCUCUUAGUUUAAAAUAUCCAGACCAAAACAGAAUCGCUGAUGAGAGCUGUGCAGCGAGUACAGAACAGUCUUUUCCUAAGCUGGAGCCUGUAAUGCAUGGCUAAUUGUUUCCAAAGAAAAUUCUUGACUUGUCCAGACAGCUCCUGUCAUGUGACAGUAUAUCUAAGGCCCAGGAGUAGGAUCCAGUUAGGAUAAUUUAAGUUCAGGUAAGUAAAAGAGACUUUUGUAGCUAGUUGUAGCUUUUAUGGAGAAGGGAACCAUUGACAAAUGCUCACUUUUGGAGGGCAGAUAGUAGAUUUUAUAAUGUUUAUUGAAACAUGCUUCCCCCCCAUUUAUAAUUUCAUCAUUGAACGUUACUUUGCCUGGUGUUGAAAACUAGACUUGGUACUCAGCUGAAGAUUUUUUUCUGUUACAGUGUUUUAGGUUUGUGAAUCCAUUUUUGAAAUCAUGUUUAGAAAUUUUUUGAAAAGUCAGAUAUCCUGAUGCAAUAUAACUGAUAUUUUUAGUGGCUGUAUGUUUAAACUGAUUUCGUUGUACCAACGUAAAUAUCUCACUCAUCCACUCUAAAUGUUUGUCUCUGAUCCUUCUGUGCUUGCACCAGGCUUUCUAACUUGUUAGGAUAUGCAGUGUACCUACUUGUUAAUAUUGUCAAUGGCAGUUUGGUCCAGUGAGAUAAUCAGGAAUGCAGAGUAGUUCCUGAUCUGAAAAGUGUAACUUGGAUUCUUGUUUCCGUAAAAGACUGAGUAUGGCAAUCAGAAUACGAAACUAAUUCCAAACAUACAUUUUAAAGAGAACAGUAAACUACAAAACAGUGCCUAAAUGUUGUGUGCUAAAUAAGUCCUGUGUAAUUCAUGUUGCUUUAAAAGAAUUUGCGGAGAAUUGCAUCAGAUUGUUUGUGCUUAGGAAAAACCUGUUAAACCUACAAAGCAGUAAUGGUAAAUAAGUCACUGAAAGGAUGUUAUCUUUCAAGAACGCAAACUUAAAAACCAACGUUUUGUACUGUGUUAAAAAUCCAUUUCAGGCAGAAAAUGUGUAAGCAGUAAUUUAACCUAGAAUUGGGUAUUAAGGAAGCUGCUAUUUAUAGAGAGACUUGACGGUAAUUUUGCCAGUUGGGCAUCUCUUCUCAUAAAGAGUUUAGAAAGAUAGGGUUGCUGCGAUUUCCACUAUUGUAACAUUCCUCUUCAAAUAUUUUAAGUCCGGGUGAGACUGAAAGCUUAGAGGCCAGUACUGUGUUCACAGUACGCACGGCUUUGGGAGGAGAAGAUAGGAAGAAAAGGACUUUUUUUUUAAGGCUGCACAAUUGUAUAUAUGCAUAUUUAAGAGUAUUUAACCAUGUCUGCUAAAUUACUGAAGUUAAUCUAUUGUUGAAUUAUAGAAUAUUAUUUAAUACAUCAGCAUUGUUUUUUCCUGACCUGACCCAGAAUUGGAAUGGACUCCAAUAUAAAUUUUUUUAAAGCAUUUCUUAAGUUGUAUGUAUUAUAAACUAAUAAAAUAAUUGUU